AUGGAUGCCGCGACAAUCCAAAAAUUCCGGGAUCGAUGGUAUAAGGAUAUGGUGGGCCUUAGCACCUAUUUGAACAUCGAUGGGGUCGCUGUAUCCGAUGAUGCAGAUCGUUACGAGAUCUUUACCAUUGCUUUGCGAAGCUAUCAGGAACUCAAGAAACGCAAGGACAUCGAAUCACCACUCGCCAAAAAGCUUAUGGAGUUCACCAUAGUUUCAUCGAUCUAUUUUACUAUAGCUACUUAUAAUAUUCCCGAGCUAGAUCGAUUGUUUUCAGAACUACGUCGAAUACAUCACCACCAAGCUCCACCAGAAGGAACCUCAAAUAUCCAUGACUACAACGAGCCUCGCAGCACAGCAUCUGUUCAGAAUCAAAAUCCCGAGCCUGAUGAAUAUGCUGAGGACAGCGACAACAUGUACGCCAAAUACGACAACAACGAUUCGUCGCAGUCUCGUGUUGCUAUCGCCCCGGGCGACGAAGAUAGUGAUUCUGAUUUGCUAGACGAACCUAUAGACGAUGACGAUUCUGAUUACCAACUCGAGGCGACCUAUAGGCGAAAGUGCUCCUACAAGAAGCACAAAGAGUACUCGUCCAAGGGUAAAGCAAUGAUCAGCUGGCUUGAAAAAGUGAUCGGGGAGGGCGAGGAUCUAUCUAUCCAGGAAUUAAAAGGCGACUGGCAUCUCUACUCCACCGAUUAUCUCAAAUUCCAACAAAAGAUGUGCGGACAUCCAAAUGAGGUCAAAUUCAAUCGCGGAAAACUCUCCAUCACCCAUCAUGACGAAAAGCACGGGACGGGAUAUGAUGGCUUCCUUGGACAAAUGACGUUUUACGGAAUGCCCGAUGGAUAUGUCUGGAACGUGUCUGGCUAUACUCCAAGCUCGGUUUCUCCCCACUCCAGACUACACCUCGCCGAGGCAAGUAUCAACGGGAAACGGACUGGGGCAACCAUAAUGCUGAAAAUAACCUUCUGCGGCAAUGGAUACAUGACAACAACUUCUCCUGCAAAGGCCGUUAAUGGGGCGGAGGUUGGGGAUUUCACUUUCACUGGCGUCUUCAGCGAGAAGACCAAAAUCGAGAAAGAGGAUGAAUGGGCAAAGAAGAAGGGCAAAUGGAUCGACUGCGGACAGUAUUAUGACUGGGACGCACCUGACAGGGGUCCUUUUCGUUCCGCGACUCACAACAACAAGACAUGCUACGAUGAAGAUUGUGAAGGGCAUAUUGACGGCGACCGCACUCCCAUGACGCACAGCAAGAGAAGCAGGAUGCCACGGAUACGCCCCAAAAAGGGGGAAAUAGAUACGGAUAGUGAGGAGUCAUAUUACUCGGACACGGAGGCCCAUUACCCAUUUCAUGCUUGGGACAUGGAUUACUAG